CCCCGCGGGGUGAUGCUGCAGCCGCCGCAGCCGCGGGCCGGGGGCUGCCGGGCGGGGACCCGAGCUGCGCGCGGGCCAGGCAGGAGCCCGGCCUCGGAGAGGGAUGCCUCCCGUCUCGACCCACAGGAACACCCACCGGCCCCCCCUACGAUGAUCCCCCCGGCGAGCAGCACCCCUCCAGGAGAGGCCCUGUUCCCCAGUUUGGCUCCUCAGGACUUCUGGAGGUCUCAGAUCUCGGGCUACUCGGGGUCCGUGACCCGGCAUAUCAGCCACCGGGCCAACAACUUCAAACGACACCCCAAGAGGAGGAAGUGCAUUCGCCCCUCCCCACCCCCACCCCCCAACACCCCAUGUCCGAUCGAGCUGGUGGACUUUGGGGACCUGCACCCCCAGAGGUCCUUCCGGGAGCUGCUCUUCAACGGCUGUAUUCUCUUUGGCAUCGAGUUCAGCUAUGCCAUGGAGACCGCGUACGUGACCCCAGUGCUCCUACAGAUGGGCUUGCCCGACCAGCUCUACAGUCUGGUGUGGUUCAUCAGCCCCAUCCUCGGAUUCCUACUGCAGCCACUGUUGGGUGCUUGGAGUGACCGAUGUACCUCAAGGUUUGGAAGGAGACGCCCUUUCAUUCUUGUCCUGGCUAUAGGGGCGUUGCUGGGCCUCUCGCUCCUGCUCAAUGGCAGGGACCUGGGCACGGCGCUGGCCGACUCGGCCGACAACCACAAGUGGGGCCUCCUCCUCACCGUGUGCGGGGUGGUGCUCAUGGACUUCAGCGCUGACUCUGCGGACAACCCCAGCCACGCCUACAUGAUGGACGUGUGCAGCCCCGCCGACCAGGACCGCGGCCUCAACAUCCACGCGCUGCUGGCAGGCCUCGGAGGAGGAUUCGGAUAUGUGGUUGGGGGCAUCCACUGGGACAAAACCAGCUUCGGAAGAGCCCUGGGCGGGCAGCUGAGGGUUAUCUACAUCUUCACCGCGGUCACCCUGAGCAUCACCACCGUCCUGACCCUGGUCAGCAUCCCCGAGAGACCCCUGCGGCCCCCCGGCGAGAAGAAGGCCACCAUGAAGAGCCCCAGCCUCCCGCUGCCGCCCUCCCCGCCCCUGCUGUACGAGGAAGGGGCCGGCGAGCCCCUCCCCUGUCCCCCGGCCACCAGCCUGUACACCAGCUUCUCCAGCCCCAUCUCGCCGCUCAGCCCCCUCACGCCCAAGUACGGCAGCUUCACCAGCAGGGACGGCUCCCUGACGGGUAUCAACGAGUUUGCCUCGUCCUUCGCCACCUCCAACAUCGACAGCGUGCUCAUCGACUGCUUCACGGGCGGCCCCGACCCCUACCUGGCCAUCCCGGGCAGCGCCCCGCGGCCGGCCAUCAGCGUCAGCUUCCCGCGGGCCCCCGACGGCUUCUACCGCCAGGACCGCGGCCUCGGGGACAGGCGGGAGGCGGCCCUGGCCGCGGGCCCCGAUGGGGACGUGCUGAGGGUGGGCUCCCUGGACGCCCCCAAGCCACGAUCGGCCGGGAUCCUGAAGAGACCCCAGACCUUGGCCAUCCCGGACGCGGCCGGAGGAGGGGGUCCCGAAACCAGCCGGAGGAGGAACGUGACCUUCAGUCAGCAGGUGGCAAAUAUCUUACUGAACGGCGUGAAGUACGAGAGCGAGCUGGCGGGCUCCGGCGAGACGGCGGGGCAGCCCCUGUCCAUGAGGCACCUCUGCUUCACCAUCUGCCACAUGCCCAAGGCCCUUCGCAAUCUCUGCAUCAACCACUUCCUGGGGUGGCUCUCGUUCGAGGGGCUGCUGCUCUUCUACACGGACUUCAUGGGUGAGGUGGUGUUUCAGGGAGACCCCAAAGCCCCGCACACGUCGGAGGAGUAUCAGAAAUACAACAGCGGAGUCACCAUGGGCUGCUGGGGGAUGUGCAUUUACGCAUUCAGCGCUGCCUUCUACUCAGCCAUUCUCGAGAAGCUGGAAGAACACCUCAGCAUCCGCACACUGUACUUCAUUGCCUACCUGGCCUUCGGCCUGGGGACCGGGCUCGCUACCCUGUCCAGGAACCUCUACGUGGUCCUGUCCCUCUGCAUAACCUACGGGAUUUUAUUUUCCACCCUGUGCACCCUGCCCUACUCACUCCUGUGCGAUUACUACCAGAACAAAAAGCCACUCAUCCAUCCGCCGGUCCAUCCAUCCAUCCGCCCUACAGAUAGCCAUCGAGUGCCCUGGGUGUGCAGGCAGUGGUAGGUGCUGGGGAGCUGCGAGCAAGUCUCCGCCCUCGUGGAGCUGGUGUAGGAAGAGAGGCAGAUCACGCACUGAGUUUCUGUGCCCAAGGAUGGCGGUAAGUGCUGUGCCCACGAGCAGGGCAGGAGGACGGGGUGACGGGGUUGGGGAGUGGCCUACGCCAGGGAGAAGGGCAGUGCCCUGGUGAAGAGAGGAAGCCAUCUGAGAACUGAGAUGGCAACUUGCUUGGUGUGUUCGAGGGAUCGUAGGCUCCGAAACGCUUGGGUCGCAGCACGUCGGGGAGGGUGGGAACCUCACGAAAGCGGAGCAGAUGCCCCGGUGAACGCAGCUCUGCCCUCUGACUUGCCCCACCCCCUGGCACCCGCCAUCUUCCAGUUGAUGGACCUGCAUGAAUCUCUGACUUCUUGCGUCAAGGUCUUUCGCCAUGUGGCUUCUCAUCAUCUUCCAUCACUCGACGCCCCGAGCUGGCCCGUGCAGCCGGGCAGGCUCUUCUCCCCGAGCUGUGAGUGCUGGCCGUGUGUACCGGGCGGGGUGGGUCGGGCCGGUCACUGUUGUACCUGCCCACUGCAUGGAGCUGGGCCUGGCCCCCAGCACCCUCACUGCACGGUCCCUAUAUUCUGGGGCCACAUAGGGGACACUGAUCACAAGUCCCCCAAAAGCAACGGGGAUCCUGGGCCCGCCUCUGAGGAGAGUCUGAGGUUUAUGGGCGGCUAACAUGUCUGGUCAUCUUUCUGACAAGUCAGGGACAGUAGGUGUAAAACCCCCAACCCUCUGCGGGGCACCUUACCCAUCCCCCAACGCGAGCCACGGCCUCCGCAGUGCCAUUGUCUACUGAGGUGGCUCCUGUGGGGUCCCUGGAGUCCAGGCCCCUGCUCUCUGUGCCCCCAGAUGUGGCCCAGGAUCUCUGCCCACUUCCCUGCCUCCGAGCUACCCUCCCCGUCCAACCUCCACCCUGCAGCUGGGGGAGCUAUAAACAUGCCUCAGUGCACCCCUUUCCUCUUAACACUUUCGGGGGCCUUCUCAGAGCCUAAGAAACCAGGUCUAAACUCCUCCCGCCCCACCUGGGCCCUGCCUGUCGUCCCAAGCCCAUGGCCUUCUGUACGGCUCCAGCCCCCAGGACUCCAGCCAGAUUCUGCUCUGCCACAGACGUACUCCGAGCCUGUGCUCAUGCUCUUCUCACAGGUGAGGACUUUCUUCCUCUUCGCUGCCCAUCAUCUUCUGAGUCAUCGACUUAGAUCGUCUAACAUGCCACCUCCUCUGUGCAGCCUGCCCUGGUUGGAAUCAGUUGAGUCCUCUCUCUGUGCCUUCAUGUCAUGCCAUUUUACCCUUGGUAGUUACAAGCUAAGUGAGGCCGGUCUCAUCCUCCCUGCUCCAUGUGUAGGUGAAGCAGAGAGAACUUUGGUGACUUUUCAGUCACGCAAUUCCUUUGGGCCUCCUGUUUGUCCCAUGCUUUUCCUGGGACUCCAGACUCAUCCUCCCCGCACUUAUAUUGCUUACAAGAGCUUUAGACGUUUUAGAAAAUGUGGUGUCGGAUGGCUGGCCCCUGGUCUGGGAUGCUUUUGCCCAGAAUGGUCAAAUCUUCAUGCAAGAAAGAGGGAAGAGGGAGGCUUCCCUUUCACUCCUGGCUUGCCAAAACUUAAGGCCUUCUUCCUAGAACUUUCUAUGGAAACAGAGAUUGGUCUUACACGUGGGAAUCCGCACGGAGUCAGUGGGCGGAGCAGAGCCCUGGCCGCCCUCAGGCCAGCACCCAAACGCUGCCCUUGACCUUCAGGUCUAUUCCCAGCAGAUGGCAGGGGGAGCAACCACAGGAUCCAAAGCGUGAGGCCCGGGACUCGCUGAGAUUUCCACAUCUCAGAGAAUCACUCUCCGGACUUCACAAUGGAGCUGUGAUGAUGGUGAGGAUAGUGACCACUGCUCACGGGUCCCCAAGUCCUACGAUGGGCCCUGCGGUGAGCUAAGUGCCUUCUGCAGCCUUCAGGCUUCGUCCUCGCCGGCGAGGGGGUGGAGCUGGCCCGGCUCCGUUUGGCAGGCAGACCUGGACCCGAGACGGGCGCCCUAAGUGCUUGGCCCAGGUCACACAGGGUCGCACGCUUGUACCGGGGAAUCUGACUCCAGAUCUCAUGCUGCUUAAUGUUUCUGGAGGAAAUGCUGAGCUGCCGUGGUCCUUCCCCACAGUGGGUCUUCGCCUGGCUACCGUAAGAGGAAGGGGAAGGGAAGCCUUCGCUCCGUGGGCCCGUGAUAAGACUGACGCCCUUCAAGCCACUAAAACCGGCCACUCCUGACUUGCCACUCAGCAGACUUGAAAAACCAACUCCUGUGCCUUGAUGUUGCUUGGGAAUGAACGCACCACUGCCCCUGCCCAUGGCCCACGUGUGAGCAGACACUGAGCGUGGGGCCGGGGGUCAAGUCGUGAAAGCACAGCCUUCAGCCGUCUGGUUUCUGUCUUCCCAGACUGUUGGACUAACCCUGGGCCCUGCGCUGGGAAGCAGGGACUGGGCAAGGUGGCGUUCUCACACCCAGGCGCCCUGGGCCGCAGGUUUUGAGGGAAUGUGCCAGAAGGACAACGGCCAGGGCCCGCUGUGCGCUGAGGUGCUCAGCUUCACACUACCUUCAAGUCACGCAUGCAGGGUCUGCAGGGGCGUGCUGUGCCCUCGUCCUAGCCGUGAGCAGGCUGGAGGGCCCCCGAGCACCCUCUUCCUGAAAGUCUCGGAAGAGGAGGCGCAGAUGUCCUGAGAUGGGAGCACAAUUGGGGCACAGGACCCUUAGGGCAGUGGCAGCUCAGGGGCACUCUCCGGGGAACUUCUAGGGCCAUCAUGCUGGGAAUCACCACUGCUGAGGUGAUCACGGGGUGAUCGCCACUCAGCCAAUGUCUGCUGAGCACCUACGUACGGCCCAGCGGGGGGAAUGCAGCUGAAAACCACAGAGAAGCACCUCCUGUCCUCCCAACAGCCUUUCCCUGCCAUCACAUCCAUUCUGCGCCCUGCCCAUGCCACCCACAGCCCCCAGCCCCCAUCUCUUUCCCAUGGUCCGGCUGUGACCUGUUCCAGUUGCCCCUUGCCCAGACCGCCCCACCCCUCCUCUCUGGCUGCUUGGCUCCAGGAAACAUCUAUUCUUUUACAAAAUACGCAUCACCAUUCCUACACACCUCUCCCCUACAUCGCAGGGGUGGGGACCUUCGGUGCCUGCGGGCAGAGCGGCGGAAGAACGGCGCCAGGGCUUUACAGAUGCUGCCACCUGGUGGUCAGGACCAGGAGCGGUCGCGAGGACCAAGGUGCCGCAGAGCCCGUGCAAAAACUAAGGGGAGCCGGGGCGACCUGGAGUGACAGCUGGUGGACAGGCACGCAGGAGACUUCAGGUCUUAAACACCAUGCCCUCCAUAGGCCGGAAGGGUCUUCUAAGAAGUGCCUUCAGGUCUUUCUAAUCUAAUUCACUACGCUGGGUGUCCCACACCCUAGGGGUUCAACAGAGGCCACCACCGUAAAGCAGAUCCCCCCUCCCUGCCCAAACAUCGAAGAAUGGGGCAGACCAGGGCCGGAGCCAGAGGGGCUGUGAGAUCCCAGAGCAGGCCCAGGUGGUCAGGGGGAGGCGGGAUUGGGAGACACUUGAGGGAGAAAGAGGGGUCACUUCAGGUGCCCCAGUAGUGACCAGCUCCCUGGAUGGGGCCAAGGCCCUUCCAUCUCAUCACCCAUGCCUACGACUCAACACCACAUCCGGUCAGUGCACCGAGGAGCCUCCCUCUGGGGGAGCCUGUUCACUCAGCAAACAUUUGCAAAGCAAGUGCCUUCCACACACUGGGACCUGGUCGGGGCGGGGGGAUGCGGGCGCAGCUUCUGCAGCCUGGGUCCCCAAUACGCCAGAAGAAAACAAUCACACACGACUUGGAAGCUGGUCCUGGUGAAGACAGCUACCAGAGGAGCUGCCUUGGGUGGGUCAGAGAAUCGGAGUCCGGAACGCGAGCUGCCAGAGCCCCCAGGGCAGCUGGGAACCCAGUGAGGACCCAGGGAAAGGACACCUCAGAUACCGAGACCUCCAGGGGCCAAAAAUGCAGGACAGAGGCCAGGGAGGGUGGGCAAGUCCCGUGGUAAAUGCGGGCUCCAGCCACAAGAGGCUCUGUAGAUCUGACGGCUGGACCCCCGCCAGGCCCUUCCUCCCACCGGGGGUCCCAGGACUCCAGGGAGCUCACUCUCCUGCAGCCCGAGGAGUCCAACCAGACAGCCAACCCCGCGGCCGCCUCCCCGGCAGGCUCGUCUGGCUGAUUCUCCCUGGGAGGGGGCAGGGAGGCCAAGGUGUGGUAAGGUCUGCCCCUUGGUGUCUCCACAGCUCAGGGGUCAAGUGCAGGACAGAUACUUCCACUGGUCUUGGGGCCUGUGGCUUGACCCCAGCUGUCUGGUAUAACUGGGCCUGUUCGGAUUCUACAGCCUUUGAGUCUGGGAGCCGACUGGGUUGGCCGCGAGAGGCCGAGGGUCAGAGCUGAAAUCUGUGUUGGCGCCAGAUGACACGGCUCAGGGUCUCACCGGCGAGGGAGCGACCCCCCAAAUGUCUCGUGAGCUUCCACGCAGAGGCACUCGGGCCCAACCUUCACCCUCAGCCCCUGCACCCACAACUGUUCGGCUUCACAUGCCUGGUAUUUGAGGGUCUCGCGACUCCGUGUCAACGUGGGAGGUCACUGCUGAUGCCCUGUUGUGCAUCCUUACCCCGCGGGUAAGGGGCCUCAGCCUACACAGGUGAUGCCUAGGUGAGCCGCCCGGUUCGCCUGAACUUACCACAGAGCCUUCUCAACACGGCGACCACGCACCCAGCCCUGCCAAGUGCUGUUUUCGUAACUCCCGCUUCUCAGCCCCCUGACCAGAGGGGCUGCUGAGCCACCAUGCCCAAGCUGAGGAUCCACCCACAGGGACUCCAGUGCCAGUUCAUCCAAGCAGCAAGAGGCCAGGGCGCGGCCAGGGGCACGGUGGCUGGGCGGCAGACGCUUUGUCCUCCUCAUGAUCCAGAUGUCCACUGCUGCAGGCUCUCGGCCUCAGAAAGGGCGCAUGGCAGGGUGGGGACGAUGGCCACAGCUGUCCACACCUCAGAAACUAGGACCACCUGUGCAGCUCUGAUCCGAGGGUCUUUUCUGCAGCAUAAACCUAUAUAUUCAUUCAGACACGGACGCCUUAUCCUUUAACCUACUUGGAAUUUGCAGUUCAUACAUUUAGGCCUACCAAACGCUAUUUUCAUGGAGAGCGCAGUCUAGGUAAGAAGUCGGCCGCUCACCCUUCCCCCCGCACCCCCCGCCACUCCCACCCUGCCUUCGUGACCCAGGAUGAGAGUCACUUGUGCCUCCCACGUCUGCUCUGGCAGACCCCUCAACCUCACCCCCCCUAACGGGUUACCCAAGUCGCUGAGCAGGACUCCUGCUGUCAGAGAACACGGACCUGCUUCUAGGGGCAUCGGUGUGUAUGCCCCCCCGGGGUCCCCUGGCUGGCGGAACUGUCUCGUCUUCAAUUAGGUAGUGACACAAGCCGUUCCCCAGGCCUUUACCACCACUAGGCAGUGUCGGCCUCGUUUGAGGGCAGUUUAUCGAUAGGGUUGUUCUUGCUCCAUCUCCCAGGGCAUCUAGAAACCCAUAUUCCAGAUGGAAAGGCGAGCAUAUAAACUUCCAGGGAUAGCCUUGAAGCUUUAUGAAAAUGCCCUUGACAGUGUCCGGAAGUUCAGCCCGAAUCCGUUCUGAUGACUGCUGCCCCCUCACGGCCACACCCACACCCUGCAGGCCACCAGCUGGAAUGCAUCCCUUCACCGGAGGGCCACUCUGAGGGUGGGCUGGCACACGGGCAGGCCUCAGGGCGAGGCAGAGGGGGGACAGGAGGAGGAGGUGGCGGCCACUGCACCAGUGGGCAGCUCAAGACCUCUCCUCUAAGCUGGGAAGGAGCUACAUGCCUGUUCACCAUGAAGGGUGUCCACAAAUUAGAGGUGUGGGUGAGAGGCAGGGGGAGAAAGGAAUCUGAGUGAGGAGAGGGUGUCCACGGUCCCAGUGCUGUCAUCCCCCGGGCCCAUUCUGCUGCCUGGGUAAGCUCAUUGUGGGUCCCAAUGAUCUCAAGCCAGCAGGUCGGAGCAUCCCUGAGAGCACUCACCACAGAAACCCUUCCUACCAGACACGGCAGGAAGAAUCUAUCCGGAAGGUGCUUUGGAGGGUAG